AUUCUCAUUGGCUGGCUGAUGUAAACGCUGAAAACAUAAAAACUUCACUGCCUCACCCCUCACCUCACUGAAUCUUUACUUUCUUUUUCCAAGUUAAAUUAAUUAUAUUAAUGGAGAAUUUGAGUUGAUGAAAUUUAGUUGAGAAUAAAUUAACGGAAAAAAAACCAACAACAUUCCUCAACUUAAACAUCAAGACAACCGCCGUGUUUCUUCUUCUCCGACGACCUCUAAUCUUUUGUAGUUCUGUGUUUGAUCAUUAAUAUCUUAGAAGAUGAGGCUAGUUAGAUUGAGCCUUUUUCUGUCCGUAACGAUAUUAAUAUCAACUGGAGCAGCUUGGGCAAGCGAGGGUCGGGUCAACAAGUCAGCUCCAGGGUUGAUUUGGUCGACUGGUAAAGAAGAAGGAGACUUAUACAGGAAACCGCAAUCUGAAGAACAUGAAGCAUUGAAUGAGAAUGACGAGCUUGAUGGCGGUUUCUCUUCCCUUGAUGGGAUGUUACAGUGGGCAAUAGGACAUUCUGAUCCUGCAAAAUUGAAGGAAACUGCAAAAUCUGUGCAGCGCCUAUCUGAUGACGAGCUAACCAAGCGCCAAAUAGAAAUCCAGGAAUUAAUGGAAAGAUUAAAAAUGCCUUCGGAUGCAGAGUUGAUGAGAACUGCAAUAAAUGACUUAAAUAAUUCCUCCAUCUCUUUGGAAGACCGUCUUCAUGCUCUGGAGAAACUUUUGGUACUCGUCGAGCCUAUAGAUAAUGCCAAUGAUUUGGACAAACUUGGGGGUCUUGCUGCUAUUAUAACACAGCUUGACAAUGUUGAACCAGUUGCAAGGAAACUUGCUGCAUGGGUUCUUGGAAAAGCCUGUCAAAACAAUCCAGUUGUUCAGAAGCGGGUGUUGGAAUUUGGUACACUGCCAAAGCUCAUGAAGAUGGUGACAUCUGAUUUUGUAGAAGAGGCCAUUAAAGCAUUCUUUGCAGUUUCUGCGUUAAUCAGAAACAAUCUACGUGGCCAGGAAAAGUUUUAUGCCCAAGGUGGAGACUUGAUGCUUAAGGAUAUACUGAAGAAUUCGACCUUUGACAUUAGAUUGCGAAGGAAAUGCAUCUUUCUUAUUGGUGAUUUGGCACAGUCUCAUAUAGAGAGCGCAAAUAAAGCAGAGCUUCCCUUUUUCAGUGAUAAUCUUUUUCUGAAAGCAAUAGUUGACUUAACUUCGUCAGAAGACCUGGAUCUCCAGGAAAAGACACUUGCUGCUAUAAAGAAUCUUCUACAACUUAGGACAACUAAGGCUUCAAUUUUCAAGGACUUUUGUGCUCUGGACAAGGCCUUGGAAAAAAUGAGGCUGCAAUUGCAGCAAUUAAUGGAGGAGGAGGAUCAAAGGGAUUAUGCAAGGGAUGUAGAAAUCCUUCGCCGAGAGGUGGAAAUGAUAUUUUAUCAGAAAAUCGAGAAAGGAGGAAGUCAAGUUCCCACAUAACAAACUUAGCGAUGUGUUCUUGCGACUCUUUGUUGAAUAUCCUAGACAGUCAUGAAUGCGCGGUUGGUCAAUUGACGAUCCAGAGGAAAUGUUCAGGGAACUUGACAGAAAGCUAUCCAGAAAAUGCAGGGGCUGUAUAGCGAUUACAAAUUGAGCAGGUUAUUUUUUGACAUUUUUCAGGUAAUGUAGAAUCUUUAAGUAGCAGAUUUUAAUACACAAAUCAUACACGAAAGACGGAUCAGUUGAUUUGUGCAAGGAUAUGUAUCUAAGCUCCAUCCACUGUUUUGGUAGAAGGAACUUUUACGUAUGUCUUUGUACUUUUAGCUUUUAAUUCAGGAAAUUCAAAGGAUUUCGCAAUUAGAUUGCUCUGUUACUGUAUAUAUAUAUAUAUAUCAUUAGUUGUUUUUACA